AUGUCUCGUGAAACCUACCAGGUCCCUGCGAUGGGCACCCAGAACAACUUCGACACCCAAGCCGGAGGCGGAGGUUUCGGUAGCGCCAUGGCCAUCGACAGCCCCUCAGUCACCUACCUGUGCGGCGAAUGCUCUGCCCGUGUUCCACUGAAGCGUGGCGACCAGAUCCGCUGCAAGGACUGCGGUCACCGUGUGCUGUACAAGGAGCGGACCAAGCGUAUGGUCCAGUUCCAGGCUCGGUAG